UUUUCUAAUCUCUAAACAUUAUAAGUCCAGUUACGGAUUCGUCGCGAUCAUUUCUCAAGAACUAUGUCUAGUUUCGACCUUUUGAAAUGUACUCCGGAAGAGAGGAAGUGCAUUUUGGCAAAGUACGACAAGACGCCCGAAAAUAUCCGCGAGGAUGUUCAAACAGUUAAAAAUUGGAUAAAAAGCCAGCCUCAUCUUCCCGAAGUACCCGAGGAUGGCUUGAUCGAACGUUUUUUAUUGCUGAACAAAUUUCGAAUAGAGAUAGCCAAGCGCAAAAUUGAUGGCUACUACAGCAUAAGGUCAUUAAUACCGGAGUUCUACGACAAGGAUCCUAAUGGUGAAGUAAUUCGUGAACUUACGAAAAUGAUUUACUAUAUUCCGCUACCUAAAUUAACCGAGGAACACUACCGUGUGGUCAUAGUAAAACCUAGAAAGCCUAUAACUGAAAGUAUUGACGCAGUGACAUACAUGGCCCAUUCGCUCAAUAUGGCUGAGUUACGAGUACGUCACGACUACUAUCACAGAGAGGCGCACAUCUACGACUUGGAAGGCGUUCGAAUUACCAACAUGACCAAAUUUACACCGUCGCUGAUUAAGAAAAUCGGUCUGGUUCUUGAGAAAGUCUUCACAAACUCAAUCGGAGGCUUGCACUUCAUUAACGUUCCAAAUUUUGUCGACUCUUUCAUUAUUCUACUGAAGAACACUCUACAACCCAAAGUGGCCAGUAGGGUCAAUGUCCACAAGGGUACGGAAUCGCUUUACGAUAUGUUUUCAAAGGACAUUUUGCCUAAAGAUUAUGGUGGAACUGAGAUGUCCUUAGAUGAGCUUUCAGAAGAGUGGAUGAAAUUUUUUCAAAAUCAUGUGGAUCUCUUCGAAAAGCUCUCCAAGAUGAGAGUUAAUGAAGAAUUGCGCCAAAAGCCUCUAUUUGACGAAGAUGAACUUUUUGGAAUACAAGGGAAUUUCAAACAGCUCAAUGUGGAUUGAAUUGUUAAGAAAUUAAUCACCAGUAGCUUAUUUAAAUUAAAUUGGCACGUUUUCAAAUGCAAAUGUAUACAAAUCAA